AAUUUCGAUUCGUGUGCGGAGCGGACCAGCUCCACCUCAUUUUGGUUAAUCCGAAUUGCUGGCGGUCCUUCUAUGAACAUUUGAAACAUGCGGCACUAAAUAUUAUUUUUAAUUUAUUAUUAAAGUAAACUAUUACCAAAAAAAAAGAGUACGUCGUUAAUCUUUGUGCUAAUUUCAUUAGUGUCGAUAUUUAAGAAAGUUAUAACUCAAGGAGACAACAGCAACGCGACAGUGAAUAAAACUCUGCACUGUGCGAAAUUUAGCGGUAAAAACCAAAUAGCAUCUCACACACACCCACACACAAAAUGGUCAACAUUAUAGAUGGCGGCGCCAAACAUGCGCCACACGAAAUGGAACAAUUUCUGCCCGGCGACGGAUCCAGCAAACCCACGAUACAGCCGAGGAAAGCAGAUACCGAGCAGGGCUUGGCUAACGGUGACUUCGAUCCGUUUACAUCGCGCGAUAUUGAGCAUCCCACUACAGAUAAUGAAACGUUAACGCAUUUGCUGAAGGCCUCUUUGGGUACUGGCAUUCUGGGAAUGCCAUUUGCCUUUAUGUCUUCCGGACUUGUUAUGGGCAUUUUUGCCACCAUCUUUACCGCCUUUAUUUGCACGCACUGCAGUUACGUGCUGGUCAAAUGCGGUCACAAGCUGUACUACAAGACGCGUCGCACCAAAAUGACAUUUGCUGAAAUCGCCGAGGCUGCAUUCCAGAAGGGUCCGAAACCUUUGCGCGGCUUGGCGCCAGUUGCUAAGUUCUCCAUAUUGUUUGGCCUGUUCCUCACAUACUUUGGCACUUGCUCCGUCUACACGGUGAUUGUGGCCAAGAAUUUCGAGCAAGUGCUGGGCCAUUGGAUGGGUUGUAAACUCGAGUCACGCGUCCUCAUCUGCAUAAUGCUUAUUCCAUUGAUCUUGAUCGCCUGGGUGCCAAAUCUGAAGUAUCUGGCGCCCGUCUCGAUGGUGGCCAAUGUUUUCAUGGGUCUCGGUUUGGGCAUUACAUUCUACUAUCUGGUCCAGGAUCUGCCGCCAAUUGAGAAACGUUCAUUAUUCGAGCUGUCUACGCUGCCCGCAUUCUUCUCCAUAACCAUAUUUGCCAUGGAGGCAAUCGGUGUCGUAAUGCCACUGGAGAAUAACAUGAAGACGCCACAGAAUUUCCUUGGCAUUUGCGGUGUGCUCAGCAAGGGCAUGUCGGGUGUUACCAUGAUCUAUAUGCUUCUCGGAUUCCUUGGUUAUAUGCGCUAUGGCACACUCACUGAAGAGAGUAUCACAUUGAAUCUGCCCAUCGAAGAGUGGCCUGCUCAGGCUGUGAAGAUCUUGAUCGCAUUGGCUGUCUACUGUACAUUUGGACUACAGUUUUACGUGUGCCUGGAGAUUGUCUGGGAUGGCAUCAAGGAUAAGUGCACCAAACGUCCCAUUCUCGUCAACUAUGUGCUGCGCACCGUUCUGGUAACUGCUGCUGUGGUGUUGGCCAUUUCAGUGCCAACUAUUGCGCCAUUUAUGGGUCUGAUCGGUGCCUUCUGCUUCUCCAUACUCGGUUUGAUCUUUCCGGUCAUCAUUGAACUCAUCGUGCACUGGGACAGCGGCUUCGGUCCCGGCAAUUGGAUUGUGUGGAAGAACGUUGUCAUCGUCUUAUGUGGCUUUGGCGCACUCUUUUUCGGCUCUGUGUCUGCCGUCAGGGAUAUCAUGAAAGUAUACAGCGGACCAUCGGAGGCCCAAUAAGUGGGCUUCUUUGGGUAAUCCUCCAAUCUGGCUCGUGAGAUUGGAAUGUUACCCAAAGGAAAAGAGCCGUAAUACAAACAGUGCUAUACCAAGGGAUAUAUAUUUGUUAUAUACACUCAAUGUGUACAUUUGAUAAACGAUAUACUUUUUAGCAUAGAUUGUAGCGCUGCAGGGGCCAUACUGAAUGUAGCUCCGUUUUUUUGUUUCCUAUUGGAAUCUAACUAUUGUUAGAUGUAAAACUGUGCCCACAUAUUGUACAGUUUUAAAUUCGAUGCUAAAGUAGUACCAAAGGUUUACUACUUAUAUUUAAGUGCCUCUCCAUAUGGCAUACACAGCACCAAUUGUCCGCUUUAGCACUUUUUUAGUAUGCAUGCAAAUUGCAAUUAUAUAAAAAGAAUACCAUACCAUAAUUGAAAUGAAUUGUGCAGUACAUUUUAGUACCACAUUCAAAUAGUUAGCAUCAAAUCGUCUAGUAUAUAUUAAAAUCAGUGAUUCAAUUGAAUUUUAAAUUAUUUUAGUACAAACUAAAAAGACUUUUAUAGCACUCCCUCCCCCAGCCCGUUUGCAUGAUUUUUGUUUAUUUUCCCGUUCCUCUGUUCUAAAAUAGUAUUACACAAGAAUAACAAAAUUGCAACCCUUUAAUAUUUUUGCUUGUGUGCAACGAAUUGUUUUUAGCGUCUUCAGUUCCUGUAGGUUCCUAAAGUCCCUGUUAGGCAUAAUAAAAAAAAAUCAUUUUAUUUUUGUAUAUAUAGA